UUGUCAGUCAAAUCGGCAAACAGAAGAUUAUUCUGCAUCAAGCAGGCAUCAUCCCUUAGAAAUUGAAUAUUAUUUUUCGAGUUCUUUCCCAAUUAUCGCUUCUUCCGUGUGUCCCAACUACCGUUACAAUGGCAUCUAUUACGGAAGAUUUCUACCUACGUUACUACGUAGGUCACAAGGGUAAGUUCGGGCACGAAUUUCUCGAAUUUGAGUUUCGGCCUGAUGGAAAACUGCGGUACGCUAACAAUUCAAACUACAAAAACGAUACGAUGAUUCGGAAGGAAGCGUAUGUGCAUCAAUCGGUAAUGGAAGAACUGAAACGAGUAAUCGUAGAUUCGGAAAUCAUGCAAGAGGAUGACUCGAUGUGGCCCCCGCCGGAUCGUGUCGGACGGCAGGAGCUGGAAAUCGUUAUAGGAGAUGAACACAUUUCAUUCACCACCUCGAAAACUGGUUCAUUGGUCGACGUAAAUCAGUCGAAAGAUCCGGAAGGAUUACGGUGUUUCUACUAUUUGGUUCAAGAUUUGAAAUGUCUUGUGUUUUCACUGAUCGGUCUGCAUUUUAAGAUUAAACCUAUCUAAGAAAAAACUGACGGGAAUGGACAGAAUUCAGCAGCUUGCGGAAUUUCGGACAGCAUUAUACUUUCAAUCAUUUUCUGCAUAACUAUUAUAGGUCUAAUUUAUCUUGAAUAUGAUACUAACGUAUAAAACUGUAAUCAUUUUGAUAAAAAUAACGCU